AUGGACAGUGAUGAGGGAAUGAACAAACUUGUUGCACCACUACCAAAGGAGGUGUUUUGGAAUGCUCACGAGAUCUGCCACGUGGAAGGGUUCUGGUUCUUUGCUCAUCUCAUGGAAUCCAUAGCGGCCUUCAGGUCGGACUUCGAGCCGAGGAGCGACGACAUUCUCUUGACAUCCUUCCCCAAAACGGGGACGACGUGGCUCAUGGCUCUCUGUCACAACAUCCUUCACCGCCACGACGACAGAGAAGAAGAAGAAGACGACGUUCUGACGACGGUGAACCUGCACGAGGUCGUUCCGACGCUCGACGUGUUUUUUCUCCACGACCAAGUCCAAGAUCUUGUGCUCAAUUCGAACCGCUCAACCGGCGGCCGAUUGCUCCAUACUCACUUGCCUUAUACUUGCUUGCCGGAGGCCGUGAGGAACUCUGGAUGCAAGAUUGUCCACGUGACUCGGAACCCUAAAGACACUAUGGUGUCGAUGUGGCAUUUCUACAACAAAAUCUUCGACGUGUUCCCGAUGGAGGGGGCAGUGGAGAGCUUCUGCAACGGGGUUCUUCCCUGGGGGCCUUUUCACGAACACGUGAUAGGAUAUUGGGAGGAGAGCAAGAGGCGGCCGGACGAGGUGUUGUUUCUCACGUACGAGGAUCUGUGCAGAGACCCCAAAAAGGAAGUGAGGAAGCUGGCUUCAUUUCUAGGGAAGCCGUUUUCCCCUGCAGGUAACGGAUGUGAAGAUGAGGAGGUGGAGAAGGUGUUGUGGCUUAGUAGCCUGGGAAGGCUCAAGGAGUUGGAGGUGAAUAAGAAUGUUGUUUCGGAACUAACCCAGAUACCCAAUAGCUCCUUUUUCAGGAAAGGAACCGUGGGGGAUUGGAAGAACUACUUGACUCCCCAAAUGGCCGAACGCAUUGAUCAACUCACGCAACUCAAGUUGCAGGGAAUCGAGCUUUCCCUCGAUGAUUUCUAA